AUUUCAUUCAGGCUACUGGAAGGGUCCAGCAGCAGCAACAUUUUUUUGCAUCUGGAACAGAUUUUUUUCACCUCCAACCAUGCACUCCUGUUCAAUUUCACCUCCUUUCUUCUUGAGUCUGCUUGUCUUUCUAUGCCCUGCUCUUUCCUGUAGGAUCGGGAACUACAGCCAAUGUGAAUCUGCCCCUUUUGUACCAAGCCACAAUCUGGUGGGGGAGGGCUUCGACGUGGUCACACUGCAGCGAAAAGGAGCUUAUGUGGUUGAUGUGAACACCUUCCUCACCCCAAAUAACACCUGUAUCCUCUGCUCCAACCCUCUUCAAGGAAACGGACUGCAGAAAUUACCGGUUUCUGUCGUGGAUUGGCGUGCAUUCACCCGCUGCCGCACUGACAACCACAGGAGCUCACACACCUCUGUUAGCUCACUGAUUAACACUUACACCAACCAGGAAAGCCAAGACUGGAAGGUUGGCCUUGACUUGGAUAAGUUUGUGUCUGCUAAUUUGGCGGUGGGAGGAACACGCUCCAACACAUACAACUUUGCCUCACUAAGGAACGAAGAGGAUCGCUACACCUUUAGCGCACAUACAGUCACUUGCAGCCAUUAUAGUUACCGUGUUUCUGCCAGACCACCCCUCAGCUCUGAGUUCACAAAUGACUUAAGCAGACUGCCAAGUCACUACAACUCCUCCACUAGUUCUCAGUACGACAUGAUCAUACACACCUAUGGCACGCACUACAUUCGACAGGUUUACCUUGGGGGGCGUCUAAGGCGAGUAACAGCUUCUAGAACCUGCUUGUCAUCACUGAACGGACUCUCCUCCAAUCAGGUCCACUCCUGUUUAUCCACGGGUUUCUCCGUUGGACUGGGCAAGGUAGGGAUCUCCACUGUCCAACAGUCUUGCCACAAGGUUCUCCAGAACCAGGAUGUCUCCACCAAAUACAUCUAUGGUCUCAGCCAACACUACACAGAGAUCUCAGGAGGAAAUGGUUGGUUGGGGGACUUUUCAAUGACUCGUAAUGACUCUCUGGGCUACAUAAAUUGGCUGGGGACCCUGAAGGAUCACCCGGAUAUUGUUUCAUACUCUCUUCGGCCACUGUAUGAGCUCAUGCCAAGUGACACACAGAAGGCAGGGAUGAAGGCUGCCAUUGAGGAUUACCUGGGGAAAAAUGCUAGGAGGACUUCACCCGGAGAACGAGUGUGUGAGAGAACCCCUAACCUGGCUUCUAACUGUUGUCCUCUUAGUACCAGGAUGGGGACAUUGGCAGUGACCAUCGUUCGAGCCUGGGACCUUCAAGGAGAUUUAACUGGCAAAACUGAAAGCUACGCUAAUUUCUGGUUCGGUCCACACUAUCGCAGGACUCAUAUGAUUCACUCAAACGACCCCACGUGGAACGCUUAUUACAAUCUGGGCACGGUGAGCACAGACUUGAAUUUGAAGGUGGAGGUUUGGGACAAGGACUUACGCCAUGAUGAUCUCCUUGGAAUUUGCGUGAGGUCUGUGAGCCCGGGGACACACAGAUUCACCUGCGGGGCAAAGAGAGGUGGCUUUGAGGUCCAUUACACUUUGACCUGUGAUCCUCACCUGAUUGGAGACAAAUGUCACCUUUACAAACCUUCUCCACCUUCUCCCUGGUCUUUGCCUUGUUUUUUUUACAGAAUAUGUUGA